AUGCUACGGCAUUCAUCUCUUCAUCCAAAACGAUUUGUCGAUUUUUUGGCUAUCUGGUAUUGUUCGGUCCAGCAGCCAUUAUCCUUGUUUUUAUCAUUGUUGCUUACUAUAUCAACAACCAGUCCAAGGCCGGCACCGAUCUCACAUCGUUUGUUCACCUCGUUUACGAAAAUUUCAUAUCGUCCUGUAUUAUUUGUAAUAUUUGUUACAGAAUUAUUUAUUGGAGUGAUUCUAUUGUUCCUUUUCGUCGGUAAUGCAUUGUACACUCGAUUCAUUGGCAGUAAUGAACAGGCAGCGGCUGGUAAUUUUCGUACCAUUUUAUUUGUUGGUUUAAUAACAUUUCACAUUCUGUCAUUGAACGUGUACAUAGCGGUAGCAACAAUGGAAAUGGCAUUACUGAACGGUUAUAUGUGGAUUGCAGCGGUCAGCCAUUCCUGGGGUCUGAACUAUCAGCCAUUUCUGGUGAUUUUCGUCAACACUGUUAUCCGUGGUACAAUGAUUGCUAUUGCUGUAGCAGCUCGUUGGAGUAUGGCAGAAAUGUCACAUCCAACCAGGACUCGAGAUGCAACCGAGAUUUACGAUGCAACCGCUGAUCUGGAUAAUGAUGUGGAUCACGAAGAUGAUGCACCGAUUAUCUAUGAGAUGCGACGCGAUGUAUUCACCUGA